AUGUAUAGGUCUCGAAUAUGCGUGAAGAACUUGGCAAAAUAUGUGACGGAAGAUCAAUUGCGAGAGCAUUUUUCUCUAAAAGGAGACGUAACAGAUGCCAAGCUAAUGCGGACCAAAGAUGGUAAGAGCAGGCAAUUUGCUUUUAUUGGGUUCCGCACAGAAUCUGAAGCUGAAGAAGCUAUAAGACACUUCAAUAGGUCUUUCCUCGGCACAUCAAGAAUUGAAUGUGAGAUUGCCCGAAUACAUGGGGAUCCAAACAUUCCUCGUCCAUGGAGUCGUCAUUCAUUGAAGAAAGAUGGAGAAGUAACUGCAGAGGAGAACAAAGUUCCAGGUGCUGUUAGUUCGAAGGUUAAGGGUUCCACAGUGGAUGCAAACCAUGAUAAGGAAGGCAACAAUACUGAUGAUCUGCAACUAAGGGAAUUUCUUGAGGUCAUGAAACCACGUGCUAAGUCAAAAUUGUGGGCAGAUGACUCUCUUAUUGCCGCAACAGCUGACCAAAGUGGCAAAGUUGGGAAAAAGCCAAGUCAAAAGGAGAAAGGCAACAAAGAAAAGCCAGUGUCUCUGGAUGUUGAGUUAAAGGAAAGUGCCUCUGAAAAGCCGAGUAUAAUUUAUGAAGCAGACGUCUCAGAUAUGGAUUAUUUUAAAAGUAGAAUGAAGAAGCAUUGGUCAGAUUCAGACAGUGAUAGAGAUGAUGGUGAUUUGGAUGGCGAAGGUCAUGGUGAUGAUGAUGUCAGAAGUUCACCUAAUCAAAGUCCUAAUAAGAAUAAUGAUCCGCGAGUAGAUAAAUUCUCUGAAGAUAUAGACCCAGCCGAGGUAGAAGAAGGAAUCCCUCCCGGAGGAUUCAAUGACAAAACUGUUGACACUUCUUCGAAUUUUCAAGAUGAGGAUUUUGAAGCUGGUCGGUUGUUUAUAAGAAACCUAUCAUAUUCAGCAACAGAGGACGAACUAGAAGAACACUUUAGCCAGCUUGGAGACACCUCAGAGGUUCAUCUUGUUGUUGACAAGGAUACAAAGCAGUCAAAAGGAUUUGCAUAUGUUCGCUAUGCACGUGCAGAAUCUGCAGCUAGGGCAUUGGAGGAAUUGGACAAAACAAUUUUCCAGGGCAGGUUGUUGCAUAUAAUGCCAGCUAAAAAGAAAUACACAGCUGAUAAGGAAGAGCUUGGUGUUCACCAAGACCAAGGUUCAAAAACCCUAAAACAGCGAAGGGAGGACCAAAAAAAGGCAGCUGAAGCCGGUGGAGAUACGAGAGCAUGGAAUAGUUUGUUUAUGCGUUCUGAUACAGUUAUUGAGAACAUCGCCAGAAGACAUGGUAUUAGUAAAAGUGAUUUGCUUGACCCAGAAUCUGAUGAUCUUGCUGUACGCGUUGCUUUGGGAGAAACUCAAGUAAUUGCAGAGACAAAAAAGGCUCUUGCGACUGCUGGAGUAAAUGUAAAAUCUUUAGAGGAAAUUGCUGCUGGGAAUACUGAUGGCUUGAAAAGAAGCAAACAUGUGGUUCUAGUAAAGAACUUGCCAUAUGGCUCUUCAGAAGGCGAACUGGCUCAGAUGUUCGGGAAAUUUGGUAUUCUGGACAAGAUUGUUCUUCCUCCGACAAAGACAAUGGGCCUGGUUGUUUUUCUCCAACCUUCUGAUGCACGCACUGCUUUUAGAGGCUUAGCAUACAAGCGUUACAAGGAUGCUCCACUUUAUCUUGAGUGGGCUCCAGCCGAUAUUCUUAAUCCAAGGUCGACCUCUAAGGAUGAUCAACCGCGUAAUGCAGCUGCUGAUCAAGAUGAUGUCAAAAGGGUGAUGCUGGAGCAAAGUGUUGAAGGAAUAUCUGAAGCUGAUAUAGACCCUGACAGAAUUGAGUCUCGGUCUUUAUAUGUCAAGAACCUGAAUUUCAAGACAUCCGAUGAUAGCUUGAAGCAGCACUUCAGCAAACUCAUGAAAGAAGGCAAAGUGUUAAGUGCAAGGAUAAAGAAGCACAUAAAAAAUGGAAAGAAUGUUUCUAUGGGUUUUGGUUUUCUGGAGUUUGACUCGGUGGAGACAGCAACAAAUAUUUGCCGAGAUUUGCAGGGAACAGUUUUGGAUGGCCAUGCACUCAUCCUGCAACUUUGUCACACAAAUAGGGAUGAGCACAUGACCAAAAAGGUGGAGAAGGAUAAAAGUUCUACAAAAUUACUCGUGAGAAAUGUGGCCUUUGAAGCAACAGAAAAGGAUCUUAGACAGUUAUUUAGCCCAUUUGGCCAGAUCAAGAGCUUGAGGUUGCCAAAGAAGUUUGGAAACCACCGAGGGUUUGCUUUUGUGGAGUAUGUUACGAAGCAGGAGGCUCAAAAUGCACUUGAAGCGCUCUCCAACACUCAUUUGUAUGGUCGACAUUUGAUUCUGGAGAGAGCAAAGGAAGGAGAAACACUUGAAGAGCUACGGGAGCGAACUGCUGCUCAGUUUGCUGACGAGCAGAAUGGAUUCCGCGCCAAAUCAAAGAAACGGAAAAACAUGGCCAUCUUGGAUGAAGGAACCAUGAAAUUUCAACGGGUCGCAGACUAA